UUCAAAUAAAUUAUACUCCAAAAGGCAUAUUAUCGCUCGUUACCCUAAUUUGAAGCUCGGAAAUUCGUGAAAGGCCCUCUCAGCACUGAAGCUACAUUCGAACUGAUCAAGAUCUAUCGUCGUACUGAAACUGCCGGGACACAAGUAAUAGACGACAUUCACUUUCUCCACCGAACCGGUGAAAAACUAGUUCUACAGCUGCGACUACACUUCCUCUUUUUACCGUGAAACAACAGCUACGAACGGUCCGAACUCGAAUAUGUACACACCUCCACAAAAGGCUAAUUUCCCACCCAAACCCUAAAACCACUUCGGCUGCAGCAGUGCAGCUAAAGUGCAAGCAAUGCAAUUGGAAAAUUUGUGCGCGCACUUUAGUCAGCUCCAAGUGGCGUUAGGAGCAAGCGAGCGUAGUGACUUUCGAGUUCUUGAACCUAGUGCGAUGAAGCUGGAGUACCGCGUCCUAGAAACCGAUAUCAGCCAACGGUUGGAUGAGUUUUUCCAUAAAAAGGAUGCUCUCAUAGAGGUGAACCCCGGCCGGGUCUUUAUGCCAACCAGAUUCCGGGAGAUCGGCGACGACAUACUAAAUCUGGAAAUACGAAAAGAUGAUGUCUGGGUGCUGUCCUAUCCCAGAACUGGAUCCACGUGGGCCCAGGAAAUGAUUUGGCUGCUUGGAAACAACAUGGACUAUGAAGGAGCCAAGGCCAUUCAGCAGGUUCGAACUCCUCUGCUGGAACUUUCUGCUAUUUUCUCGGAGGACCGCAGUGUGGAAGAUUUUGUAACCAAACACGAGAAAGUCACUUCAGUGACGUGUGUUCAUAAUCUACCCAGCCCUCGCUAUGUGAAAUCCCAUCUCCCGUGGCAACUGCUACCGAAACAGAUGGACAUCGUUCGUCCCAAAAUGAUCUACAUUGCGAGAAAUCCGAAGGACCUUGCCGUUUCCUAUUACUACUACUGUCAAUUGAUUCACCAAACCAGUGGAACUUUCGAGGAGUUUUGUGACAUCUUCCUCAGUGAUCAGGCACCCAUCGGUCCAAUGUGGGCGCAUAUGUUAGCUUUCUGGGAACGCCGUAAUCAACCGAAUGUGUUGUUCCUCAAGUACGAAGACAUGAAACGCAACUUACCAACGGUUAUUCGGAACUGUGCUCAAUUCAUGAAAAUUGGACGGGAACUGACCGUAUCGGAGGUACAGGGCCUGUGCGAUCAUCUGGGAUUCGAUCGCAUGCAGAAAAAUCCGGCCGUUAACAUGGAACCCCUGAUGCAGAACUCGAAUCUAAUCGAUACGAACGGGGCAGUGAAGUUCAUCCGGAAGGGGGCGAUCGGCGAUUGGAAGAACUACAUGGACGAUAACCUUUCGAAAAAAUUUGAUGCCUGGAUAGGAAAACACUUUGACGGCACUGGGCUGGAGUUUGUAUACGAAUAAGUUUCUUAUGGGUGUUAUAUUCUGUUGUGUUGUAAAUUGUUUGCGAAAUAAAUCGUUCAUAGCUUGCUCGAAAUUAGAUUGCAAUUGCUCUAACCGCCGCUUUUCUGCAUUUGAAAGAUGUUUCGCAUGCAGCGUUGAAAGCUC